AUAAGGACUGACUCGCCAUCCGCGGCGUACUCACGACACCACUCACUUCGCUCCAUCUGGACUAAAAACAGGCUCCUCACGAGUGGAACAGGAACAGUGGGUGUUUCACUUCGCACUCUCUUCCUCUGUGUAUCGGCCCACCCACUUCACCGCGGACAAACACGCUCACACACCGAAACUGCUCCACUUAAGCGCGUCCAUCCGCACGUUCGCACGGGAGCAUGGCAGCCGCCCAUGGCGAAUACAGAGGCUACCUGCGCACGACCAUGGACGUGGAAGCCGACCACCACCGCAUCCAGUCUACGGCUGGCUCGGAACACUCUCAUCGGCCGCUCUUGUACGGCAUCUUGGCGAUCAUGGGAUUGCUCCAGGUGGCCUCCAGCGUGGCCAUCCUGCUACACCUGACGGGUUAUUUGCAGGAGGUAGAUUUAACCACUGCUCCACAUCGGCUUAUAGAAGAAGUGCAGACGGAGCCGGUGCUAAACGCAUUGAAAGAUACCAGGAAGAACCAACACCUCAAGAACCAGAAGAAACCACCCUCCGCCCACCUACACAUCAAGGCGGAUAAACAGUAUGCAAGGAAACCAGAUGCAGUCAUGAUCGACUGGGACGAAGUGCACGGAUACAGUCACAAGAUGGACUAUCAAAGGGGCAAAUUACUGGUGGACAGGUCGGGGUUCUACUACGUCUAUGCCAAAACCUGCUUCCGCUACUACAAACCUGGUUCUGGCGGGCCCGCCAUAGACGUGAGCAAUCUGCAGCUCAUCCAGUACAUUUACCACGAGAGCAUCAAGCAGAACAGCAAAGAGGAACGGCUGAUGAAGACAGGCAGCACCAAGCGCUGGGACAACUUCAGCUACAACAUGUACUGCGCCCAACAGGGCAGAGGCCUAUGGCUAGACCGAGGAGAUGCUUUAUACGUUACCGUAUCCAAUGCAUGGGCACUGGACCCCGAAAGAGAGGGUACAUACUUUGGGGCUAUUAAAGUUGGGUAGCUUAAAAAGUGGACACGUGGGAUGCUGCCGUUCUACUGAAGUGACCCCAAAGAACCACUGAUAUACUGUAUGUGUAUUCAAUAGUUUUACACAGCCUUGUCUUGACAAGACAAAAUGACACUCGACUUGGUCAAAUGUAGCCCUCCCUUCCAUUAUUCCCCCCCCCCCAAGUUUGUUUGUUUUAAGCACUGAUGAUAAAAACACGAGGCGCAAGUGAGGAACUGAUAAAAAAGAAGAUCGGCAUCAUCAUGGAAACACUGAAGCUGAUGCAGCAUCUGUUUGCAUUUUAACACCAGCCAGAUCAAAGUAUUCUUCAGCUGCAGUUGUCAAUGUGUUGUAUGGGUAAAAAAGGUUUUUGUUGGUGUGAUCAAGGCGGGCCAAUCGAGAUGCCUUCAUAAGGGCUAUGUUUACAUGCAGAUUACGGACCCCAUAAUAGUUGUGCCUAGAGUAUUUCAUUUAGUUAUUAAAAUGUGGAGGUGUAUGUUUCCUGUCUGUGGAACAUAGUGAUACUCUAGUUUACCUCCACGUUUGUUCCUGUCUUCAGAUAUUAGAUGAUUACAUUAUCAUCUGUGCUCAUUAACAUGAGCUGGAGCCUAUCCCUUGCGACCUUGUUACUCUUUUAAGUACAUAAAAAGUGACACAGACAGAUACAGUGAAGAAAAUAAGUAUUUGAACACCCUGCUAUUCUGCAAGUUCUCCCACUUGGAUAUCAUGGAGGAGUCUGAAAUUUUCAUCGUAGGUGCAUGUCCACUGUGAGACAGAUCAUCUAAAAAGAAAAAUCCAGAAAUUACAAUGUAUGAUUUUUUAACAAUGUAUUUGUGUGAUACACCUGCAAAUAAGUAUUUAAACGCCUGUCUAUCAACUAGAAUUCUGACCCUGAAAGACAUGUUAGUCCGCCUAUUAAAAGUCCAUCUCCACUCCAUGUAUUGUCAUGAAUGAGAUGGACUUGUUUGAGGUCGAUAGCAGCAUUAAGACACCUGUCCACCCCAUACAAUCAGUGAGACUCAAACUUGUAACAUGGUCAAGACCAAAGAGCUGUCCAAAGACACCAGAGACAAAAUUGUUCACCUCCACAAGGCUGGAAAGGGCUACGGAGCAACUGCCAAGCAGAUUAGUUAAAAAAGGUCCACUGUUGGAGCAAUCAUUAGAAAAUGGAAGAAGCUAGACAUAACGGUCAAUAUCAAUCGGAGUGGAGCCACAUGUAAGAUAUGACCUUGUGGAGUCUCAAUGAUCCAAAAAAGGUGAGGAAACAGCCCAGAACUUCACGACAGCAGUUGGUCAAUGACCUGAAAAGAGCUGGGACCACCUUUUUCAAGAUAGCUAAUGGUAAUACACUAAGACGUCAUGGUUUGAAAUUACGCAUGGCAUGGAAGGUUCCCCUGGUAAACCAGCACAUGUCAAGGCAGGUCUUAAGUUUGCCUAUGACCAUUUGGAUGAUGCAGAUGAGUCAUGGGAGCAAGUUUUGUAGUCAGAUGAGAGUAAAAUAGAACUUUUUGGUCUUAAUUCCACUAACUGUGUUUGGAGGAAAAACAAUGAUGAGUACUAUCACAAGAACACCAUCCCUACUGUGAAGCAUAGGGGUGGUAGCAUCAUGCUUUGGGGGUUGUUUUUCUGCGCAUGAGACAGAACGAGUGCGCUGUAUUAAAGAGAGUAUGACUGGGGCCUUGUAUUGUGAGAUUUGGGGGAAAAGCCUCCUUUCUUCAGUCAGAGCAUUGAAGAUGGGUCGUGCCUGGCUCUUCCAACAUGACAAUGACCCGACAUACACCGCCAGGAAAACCAAGGAGUGGCUCCGUAAGAAGCAUAACAAGGUUCAAGCAUAGCCUAGAGGUCUCCAGACCUAAACCCAAUAGAAAACUAUGUGAUUCUCAGCGACAGCCCAGAAACUUGACUUAUGGGUAGGCCAAAAUCCCUUCUGCAGUGUGCACCUGGUGAAAAACUACAGGAAACGUUUGGCCUCUGUAAUUAAGAACAAAGGCUACGGUAACAAAUAUUAACAUUAGUUUUCUCAGGUGUUGAAACACUUAUUUGCAGCUGUAUCGCACAAUUAAAUUGUUAAAAAAUCAUACAUUGUAAUUUCUGGAUAUUUCUUUUUAGAUUAUCUCUGUCACAGUGGACAUGCACCUACGAUGAAAAUUUCAAACCUCUCCAUGAUUUGGGAGAGUGGGAGAACUUGCAAAAUAUGCGGGUGUUAAAAUAUUAAUUUUCAUUACUGUAUAUGGACUAGAGCAGAAAUAUGUUGAAGCAGGUUUACUGUUCAUUCUAUCCUAAUAUUUUCACUGUCUGUGUUGUCAUUAUCUGAUUGGAAACGGUACAUUGAAGUCCCUGGAAUCUUAGGGGCCAUUUACAUGGUGACGUUGCGAUACCAAGACGCAACAAUUGUUUUGCGGAAUGUCCUCGUCUUUACACGGUGAUGGCGAAAACAAGGCGUAUACGCAAACUUUUGAUUCCGGUCAUAGACUUCACUAUCAAUUGAUGAGAAACGGGGCACGGGUGUGAUCCAUGGGGGGCUGAUUUUCAAAAAACUAAACUUCAAAUAUUUUCAAAACCAAAGCUGCUAGCGACCUAAAACCAAAACAGGCACCUCCCUCAGGCAUAUAUGAGUCUCCAUGAGCAGCGGCAUAAAAAAAUUCAAAGUCGUUCCAAAGUAAAAUCCUGAUUAGUUAUUUUUUACAAAGGUAGAACAAAACUUAAAAUAGCUAUAAAAUUCUUAAAUUUUACGUUAGAUGCACAAACAUCACCAAAUGCAGAGAUAAUCACCUAUAUUUUCAAGAUCAAUAGCAAUAUUUAACAUAUCGUAUAAGUUUUUGCGUGUGUGGAGUUACAAAAUCCAACAUGGCGGCCGUCACAAAACAAAGAGCUUUUUAAAUUGAAAAUUUUUGUAGAUAAAUGUUGAAUCGCACAAUUUCUAUAGAUAUGAACGUAAAACAGUCUAGAAUAUUGGUUAAAAUAAAAAACGGACAGUUAUCGUUUAUUUUACGUAGAUAUUUCAAGCUAAAGUUACGGUAUUGUGUAAUCCAACAUGGCGAGCCUCACGAAACAAAGAGCUUUUUAAGUUGAAAAUUCUUGUAACUAAAUGCUUGAAUCGCAGAAUUUCUAUAGAUAUGAACGUGAAACAAUCUAAAUUCUUGGUUAAAAGCAAAAAACAGGCAGUUAUCAUUCAUUUUACGUAAAUAUUUCAAGCAAAUGUUAGUGUAUUGUGUAAUCCAACAUGGCGGCCGUCACGAAAUAGAGCUUUUUAAGUUGAAAAUUCUUGUAAAUAAAUGCUUGAAUUGCAGAAUUUCUAUAGAUGUGAGCGUAAAACAGUCUAGAAUCUUGGUUAAAAUACGGGCAGUUAUCGUUCAUUUUACGUAAAUAUUUCAAGCAAAAGUUACGGUAUUGUGUAACCCAACAUGGCGGCCGUCACGAAACAAAGAGCUUUUUAAGUUGAAAAUUCUUGUAAAUAAAUGUUUGAAUCGCACAAUUUCUAUAGAUACGAAUGUAAAACAGUCUAGAAUUUCUGUUAAAAGCAAAAAACCGGGCAGUUGUCAUUCAUUUUACAUAAAUAUUUAAAGGUAAAGUUACGCUAAUUUUUUCCAUUUAUUUCAUUUUUUUCACUACGUUUCAAAGUGCACGCAUGGUGCUAUUUUAUAUCAAAAAUACCUUGAAUCCUUGACCAAAUAACUCUUGAGACACUCCUGCCGGCUUAUAUGCACUAAAAAACCUUCAUACUAUUUCCACCUAAAUCCGACGUUAGAACGCAGCGUGUGUAGUGAAAGCAGCCAAGACUCUCUGCCUGGUCCGCUGUGGCGCAAUGUCCGUAGGAGGUUUCUCGUCAACUGAUAGUGAAGUCUAUGAUCAGGCCUCCAAAGCAUAGCGAUUCGAUUGCGGGGAUUGCUCCGCACGUCACUUAUGGCAUUCACUGCCACUAAACAUUCAAAACAUGGUGGAACUUCGGCUUUGAUUUACUGUUAUUAUAAUAUUUUUAAUUUAAAUUUCGUGUUCACAUUUUUGUGCUUUUUGAAGCAAAAGAAAAAACUGCGGGGACACCAUUUCUUCGAGUGGGCGUGUAUGUUGUCUCCCAGGCUAAGGCGACAUCAUUGGAUGUCGACUUCUAAAACUGCGCUGCCCCCUAGGGCCUGGCAUGGAUACUACAUCGUUUUCACGUGGAAUUACGACAUCAAUCGCAUGGAGACGGAACCAUGUGAAUGUAAACUUGAAAUGUGUCGUAUUCUCGGAGCGUCACCAUGUAAACUGUUCCGUAGUCACUUACUAUUAAUGAUCAUUUGAAUUAUCUUGUUAAAUGAUUCGACUCUGGCUUGGUUUAGUUUCAGUUACUUAGCCAGUUCCACAUCGAGUGUCACAAAUGUGCUUUGAUUACAUGAUAGUCAUUCCGACACGUUUGACUGAAUUUCGACAAACAACCUGGUUGGUUUUCUGUGUGUGACGAUCAACAAGUGAUACAGGCAGCUGGACUGUUUGUUCUUGAAUGACAUGAAAAGACUCUCAAAAAGGAGGAACCAAAUUGACUUUGGUUUGUCUUUAACUUAUUUUUUGUCUUGGUUUUCAUUUGGCUCGCUCAAGAGGUAAAUGGGAAUAUGCACUAUUUAUUUAUUAGCUAUAGAAGUACAGAGGUGGGUCAUUGUUAAAGUGGCCUUUCAGCUGUAAAAAGAAAAACGAUUCAUGUAUAUUUUAUGUCUAUGCAACAUUCAUUAUGCAGCACUUAGGAAACUGUAGGCGCGCAUUUCUUUUCAUUAAAAACACAAGGGCUUCAGCUCUAAUUUCAUAUUUAAGUAUUUCAAUUGUGACAACUGUGUGCACUUGCCUAAAGUGAUGGAUUUGUUGUUUAUUUCACAAGAUAGUAGCAUACCUGAUUUCAAA